GUAUUACGCAGUGGCUGUGAAAAAAGUACAGGAAAUGACCAAAUUUUGUCAAUAAAUCCCCAUUUUCAGCAUUGUUAUUGAUCAAAAGUGAGUGUCGUGCAUCUACCAAGAUGAGCGAAGAGCAAGGCCCUACAGAGCCAGGUCUUCAGGAGCCAGGUGAAGACAUAAUGGCAGACAACCCAACAAAUGAGGAGGAGGAGCUGCAAAUGGAUGACGAAGCUGACGAGUUGCAUUUCGAGUCGCAUCCAGUAGAGGGCACUGCUUCUCCCUUUAGUGACACUACUCCAUCUGUGGAGGAGGAUGCAAUUAGUUUCAAGGGCGAGAGUGUUCCAAAACCAUUCGGUUCUGUGGCAACCUUAGACACCAUAGCCUUGGAUUCGGAAAUGUCACCAACGAUGGAGAAUCUUGAUUUGGGAGACACAAAAAGUUUGGAUCGUGAAUGUAUGCAUUAUGAAAGGGAAAAGGAUGUCUUGGAGGAAGCAUCUGAAGAAGUAAGGGAGGAAGAUGCCAAGAUUGACGUGAACUUGGGAGGAGAAAAUGUGGCUUUAAGUGUGGAAGACUUGACCUUGGGAGAGGUCGGCGACCUGCAGAAACUGGAGAAAGAUAUGGAUGGUAUUUCUCUCAAUGAUACAGUUCCUGCAGAAGAAGAGCAACAAGAAGCUGAAUCAGAAGCAGCUAAAGUUGUGGAAGCUCCUGUUGCAACACCAGAUCCACUAGGUGUGCAUUUUGGACAACAGCCGGAUCCACUAGGUGUACAUAAUGGACAACAGUCGGAUCCACUAGGUGCACAUUUUGGACAACAGCCGGAUCCACUAGGUGCACCUUAUGGACAACAGCCGGAUCCACUAGGUGCACAUUUUGGACAACAGCCGGAUCCACUAGGUGUACAUUUUGGACAACAGCCGGAUCCAGUGGAUGUACAUUUCGGACAACAACCUGAUCCACUGAGUGUACACUUUGGACAGUCAAAGGAAGAUGAUGACAGAAACAAAUUGAGCAGUUAUUUUGCCUCGGUACCUAGCAGUGGGGACAAUAUCUUUGACACUAUUGCGGAGACUGUUGUCCAGGCGCCUGAAGAGAAGAUUCCUGUUGCCACGCCCACCCCAGAAAUCUUCUCUAGUGAACCCGUUCUUUUAGAAGAGACAGGUGUUAGUAAAACUGAAGAAGAAGGCGGCGAUGCAUUAGGGUUGGGUGAUCCGGUUUCUCCUCAGUUAAAACUAGACAAUGUUGAGGAGAGUGAGCCAAUUGAGAUAAUUCAUCAGAGACAUAGAAAUGCUUCAGCUAGUAUAGAGACACCUAUUGUAUCAUUUGAAGGGGAGGCAUUGAAAAUGGAUGGCACAAGUGAGCAGAGUACAGUCAGGCAGUUCUUUCCAGAUGAUACGAAUGAGGACAAGGAAGGGAAAGAGUUCUUUGAUCAUUUCACUUCUGAAGGUGUUGGGGAGUUGAAAGUUGUGGAGGGACAGAUUCAAGCGCAGCCAGAUUCUCAGGAGAACCUGCAGGUAUCUGGACCAGAGGUUAUCUCCAAGGAGAAGAGGAAGCCAGGUGCUGCAUUUGUCUUGCCCCAUCUGUCUCCAGGACCAUCGCCCAAUACGUCUGCCUAUGCUAGUCCUGUUCAUCAUGCCCAUGCGACACCGGUACCCACACCAAAUGCGACACCACUGCACCGGACCAGCAUCGGAAGUGAGAAAACGCCAUACUCCCCCCAGAGAUUCUCUAGCGAUAUGACAGGGCUUCCUGCAUUCAGUAGUCAUAACGUUCCUGAACCUGACGACGUGUUUACAGCAAGUCUCAACAUGAAUGAGGCAGACCGCCAACGUGAUGCUUGGAUCCCUUCUGAGCUGACGAGACAGACACUGGUGUCUAUGAUCACCAGUCAGCCAGGGACAUUCUAUCCAAAACAAGAACAACUCACAAUGCCAGGACUCGUAGCCAAUGACCCCCAGGGCGACCCUGUGCACGACUUGUUAAAGCGCUGUGUCGGUGAGCAUGAAGCACUGAAACGGCAAAGUUUGACGGCUGACAGCGUACCACAGGAUGAGGAAGGUCUAAGACAACUCAUAAGAGCAGAAUGUUGGCGAUCAGCUGUGGACCUUACGGGAAGACUAAUGACCUUGCACGGCCAAGGACUUGGCAAAACCAAUAUCGAGUCUAAAAUUACUCCUCAGACUUUACAGUUAUGGUUUGUGCGGACAUCCCUUCUGAUGAGACUCAAGUUGUACAGCCUGGCUGAUAGCGAGAACGCUGCAUUUGGAAACUUUGACAAACCAGAUUUGUUUUAUGAAUAUUAUCCUGACCUAUAUCCUGGGAGAAAAGGUUCCAUGGUACCAUUCUCUUUCCGUGUAAUCAACGCAGAGCUCCCACAUUUCCUCGGCAGAUCACAAGAAUCACUUGAUAAACUCUACUAUGUUUUUGCUAUUGUCAAAAAGAUUACAGGUCAUCUCGAGAUGGGUUUAGCUGAAGAUGGCAGCAUGUUGGAGUUAUCCGAUGAAAAGAGGAAAGCUUCAAAAGAGCUGUGGGAAAAGAGAGAAAUGCAUAUCCUGUUUUCCAUCGUCAAUAUUCUAGUCGGCAUUAAGACGUAUGACACAGCAGUUGAUGUGCUUGAACUGCUUAUCAAGAAAAACCUCGAGAAAGAUUUCAAUAUUGCCAUUCAUUCUGGCCUUGGUAGAUUAUAUAUGCAGAUGGGCGAUAUUGAAGGUGCGAGGAGAUAUUUUGAUCAAGUCGCCGACAUGGUUGGCGAGAAGGACAAGGCUGGGCGAUGUCGUGUGAAGAUGAAUAAAGGCUUCCUUGCUCUUGGACAGAACGACUUCGAAGUGGCGAAGAAUUUCUUCAAGGAUGUCGUUGAGAUGGAACCAACGAAUGCUGUGGCGGUAAACAACAUGGCCGUCUGCUACCUCUACAUGGGAAAGCUAAAGGAGGCGCUGCAGAUCUUAGAGGAUCUCGUCCACCAAAACCCGGCAAAGUAUCUCCAGGAAGGAAUACUAAUCAAUCUGUGUACGCUAUACGAACUAGAGUCUUCGCGUGCUCUGCACAAGAAACAGGCAUUGUUGGAACUAGUCAGUAAAUAUAAAGGCAAUGGAUUCAAUGUGGGCUGCCUGAAAAUGAGCGAACUUUUGGCUAAGAAAUAAUUGUUUGGACUCUUCGGAAAUCUGUGUGUUCUGAACUGCUACAGUAUAAUUGGAUGUAUGUAAUUUAUUAAAUGUGCUGUCCAUUUGGUUAAUCAAAGUGGGUUGAUAUGAAAGGAAGAGUAAAGUGGUACACCAGUCGUCCCUAAUGUAUGGUUACAGUUUUCCCUUAGGGGAUUAUGUAGUUCAACAUCUCGGAGUGUACACCAACGGUUCGUUGCACCACAGAAUGGCAUUCUGAAUAUGCACAGGAACUCUGUAAUAACACAUUAGUGACGGCUGUCAUUAACACCACUACCCAUCCUUUAAGUCAAGCAGCUUGUUGUAUUCAUUCCAUUAAAUAAAUGAA